AGCUCCAAUCACUUCUUGGAUGGUCCAGCACAUCCAAAGAUGUGCCCCUUAGCCAGCUCAUCCAUGAAAUGGAUCAUGAGUCAAGGAGACACUCUCAUCAAUCAAAGAAGAAACUUGACAGGUCUGAACAUAUAAGCGAAGGGACCAUUCCAGAAAUAUAUGAGAAGCAAGAAGGGACUAUUUCCCACACACAGUCCAUGGAAGAAAAGUAUUUGUUCCAAAAUUUCACAAAGCUACUACUCCUACAAAAAUGUUGCCCAGGAGGCUCAGAGAAAUUGGUCAGGGAAAGCUGGCAUCCAUGUGUACCAGAAGAAGGAGGACAUAUGAUUGAGAUCCAAGACUUAUUUGACCCAAACUUAGAUCCUGAGAAAAGACCUCAAUUAGUCAUAAUAGAGGGGGCUGCUGGGAUUGGGAAGUCAACACUGGCCAGGCAGGUGAGGAGAGCCUGGGAAGAAGGCCAGCUCUACAGGGAUCGCUUCCAGCAUGUCUUCUUCUUCAGCUGCAGAGAGCUGGCCCAGUGCAAGCAGCUGAGUCUGGCUGAGCUCAUAGUCCAAGGCCAGGAAGUGCCCACAGCUCCCAUCAGUCAGAUCCUGUCUCACCCUGAGAAGCUUCUCUUCAUCCUGGAUGGCAUAGACGAGCCAGCAUGGGUCUUGGAGGACCAGAAUCCUGAGCUUUGUGUGCACUGGAGUCAAGCACAACCUGUGCACACACUCCUGGGGAGUUUGCUGGGGAAAUCCAUCCUUCCUGAGGCUUCCUUAAUGCUCACAGCUCGGACACCAGCUCUACAGAAGCUCAUUCCUUCCUUGGGGCAGCCACAUCGAGUGGAAGUCCUGGGGUUCUCUGAGUUUGAACGGAAGGACUAUUUCUACAAAUACUUUGCAAAAGAAAGAAAUACAAUUAUAGAUUUUAAUUUAAUUAGAUCUAUCCCAGUGCUCCUGACCCUAUGUGAGGUGCCCUGGGUGUGCUGGUUGCUCUGCACUUGCCUGGAAAAGCAGAUGCAGCAGGGUGAAGUACUCUCACUGACCUCACAGACCACCACAGCCCUCUGCCUGAAAUACCUUUCCCUGACAAUCCAAGGUCAGCACCUGAGCACCCAGCUCAGGACCCUCUGCUCACUGGCUGCUGAGGGGAUCUGCCAAAGAAGGACCCUGUUCAGUGAAAGUGACCUCUGUAAGCAAGGGUUAGCAGAGGAUGCCAUUGCCACUUUCCUGGAGAUCGGUGUCCUUCAUAGGCAGCCCAGCUCUCUGAGCUACAGCUUUGCCCACUUGUGUCUCCAGGAGUUCUUUGCAGCGAUGUCCCACAUCUUGGAGGAUAGUGAGGAAGCACAUGGGGAUAUGGGAAACGACAGAACUGUGGAAACACUGGUAGAACGGUAUGGAAGACAAAACCUGUUUGAGGCACCCACUGUGCGCUUUCUACUUGGUCUUUUAAAUACACGGGAAAUGAGAGAAAUGGAAAAUAUCUUUGCCUGCAAGUUUCCUUGGGAGACAAAGUUGAAGUUGCUACGGAGCAUCGUAGGAGACCCGUUCUGUCAACCAUGUCAUCUGGGUUUGUUCCACUGUCUCUAUGAAAACCAGGAAGAGGAGUUCCUGACAGAGACGAUGCUUUGUUUUCCCUUAACAGCGUCAGGUCCAAAUCACAUGGAAGCCACGGUGCUCCAGACAAACGUGAAGCACCUGGUGAUACAGACAGACAUGGAGCUCAUGGUGGUCACUUUCUGCAUUACGUUCUCUCAUGUGAGGAGUCUUCAGCUGAAGGGGAAAGGACAGCAGGAAUAUAAGCUAACAGCACCUGCGAUGGUUCUGUACAGGUGGACACCAAUCACUGAGGCCAGUUGGAAGGUUUUAUUCUCCAAUCUUAAAUGCACCAGAAACCUGGAGGAGCUGGACCUAAGCGGAAAUCCACUGAGCUACUCUGCAGUACGCAGUCUCUGUAAGGCCCUGAAACAGCCUGGCUGCCGACUAAAGACCUUGUGGCUUGUGGACUGUGGCCUCACAUCCAGAUGCUGCUCAUUCCUGGCCUCAAUGCUCAGUGCCCACUCAAGGUUGGCUGAACUAGACCUGCGACUGAAUGACCUUGGUGACAACGGUGUGAGGCAGCUGUGUGAGGGGCUCAGGAAUUCUGCCUGCAACCUCAGCAUCCUGCGGUAA